CUUCCGGUUUGUACAGCGAAAUGAGCUGGACGUCUUUCUACUGUCCGUGUUUUUGUUGUGGGAACAGAGCGAAUCGUUCCGGUCAUGUUCAACUCAAAGACAUACCCACCGUGAAACUCGACACGACAAAUAUGGGAAAUGAUGUUGUUAUUGUGAAAAGUGGAAAACGGAUAUGUGGAACAGGAUCUGCCCUAUCAAAUGCCCCGAUCGCACAAGACAAGGCUUACUUUGAAAUAAAGCUUCAGAGUACAGGUGUGUGGGGUGUCGGUCUAGCCACCAAACUGUGUGAUAUGAGUACAGUCCCUUUGGGUAACAACAAAGACUCCUGGGUGAUAAGACAUGAUGGCGUGCUUUAUCACAAUAAUGAGGAAAAAGGCAAGCUGCCGGAGGUACCACAGGAAGGAGAUAUACUGGGUUUGACCUACGAUCAUGUGGAACUGAAUUUCUUCCUGAACGGUAAACCCCUAAACAACCCCCUGAUGGGGAUCAAAGGAACAGUGUUCCCGGUAUUCUAUGUGGAUGAAGGUGCUGUAAUGGAUGUCCAGUUUGACAAAUUUUACCACCAACCACCAGACGGCUUUGAUAGCAUCAUGAUAGAGCAGUCGCUAUUAUAGUAGUUUACUGAACUGUAAUUACAUCACAGAUCCGUGGUACUGUAUAUAUUCCUUCCGCGGACACCAGAGGCCAUGGCAGCCUUAAAGCGCUAUCCUCUGUACGGCUAUGAUUUCGCAUGUCCGACAUAGGGCAGUCUGCGGGAUGAACAAACUAUACAGAUAGGUCUUACCAGAGACAACGGAUAAUUCGACACAGCUUUUCCUAUUAGUGUUUUCUGGAUCAAAAACAGACUGAUCCUAGGGAGACGGAGGGAGAUAUAAAAUUGGUUUUGUUAAAUAAUUACCUGUCUAUGGAUUCCAGAGUCUAUGGAUUCAUAAACAGGAGGUAAUUCAAAUUGGAAGGGAGGCAAGGAUAGGUUCUCUAUCCACUUUGAUCUCACUUUGUCCUUUUAGCAUAUUUGUGCUUAAUAUAUCUAAAUAAUGCACAAUGCUGAGUUAGUGGUUUCAUGAUUAAAACAGCUAUUUUCCUGUUGUGUUGAAAUCACAAAAGAAAUUGUGACCCAGCUGACAGCAGAAAUUACAAAAUGCUCUACAUAUGAACAGUAUUAUGUACAUGUUUAUAUAUAAGUGAUGUUGUAACAAGUUCUUUAUGACGGCCAGAGGGAACCCAACCUGUUUAUAGACCAGAACGGUUCAUUUAAACAUUUAACUGCCUUCUGUUGAGAGUCAUCAGAGAGGUUUAGCAACCUUAUGGGUAUAUAUGGGUACGGGUAAGCUACUAAUAUUGGUAAGGAAUGUAUACUUGGUAAUAUUUUGCAGGGGAAUUAACUUUGUCAUUUUGCUGUCACCAAAGAUAAGGCAAAAUUAGAUACCCAGAGAUUAUUAAUACCAUGAUUCAUUGAAUUAUUAUCUGUUUGCACAUAUAUUUACUGAUACAAAAUAUAAAAACAAUUGUUUACUGUUAACUGCCGAAUAAUGAAGAUAAAACUUCAACAUCACAUGUCAUUUUUACAAAACACCCAAAUACUUAAGUCCACAGCCUCAUGAACAUGAUAUAUUUAACUAGCCAUGUUGUGUUAAAUUUAAUCCCAGUGAACUAGUUCUGAUCGAGACAGCCGGGAAAUAUUGGCCUAGCAACUAUAUAGUUCCUAUAAUAAAAUAUAAUGCCUGGCUGUUGGUCAUAGAUGACAGUAAUGUACCACAAAAUUAAAUAACUAUACCCGGGUACAUGUAUUGAUGUAUCUGGCCGUUUUGUAGAUGGCAGUAUUUUACUUGCCUCUUCCUGUAUAUAAACAGUCUGUAAAACGUUAUUUGUAUUUUUAAAAAUUGUUAGUAUAGGUACAUAUAUACCCUAUAAAGGUUUAUCUAUA